AUGGGUGAAUCUCGACAGGAGCUCAUCACUUGGCUUAACAGCCUCCUCCAGCUCAACAUCACCAAAGUCGAGCAAUGUGGAACUGGUGCGGCUCUUUGCCAGGUGUUUGACAGCAUCUUCCUCGAUAUCCCUAUGUCCCGGGUCAAGUUCAACGUCAACACGGAAUAUGCCUACAUCCAGAACUUCAAGGUGCUGCAAAACUCGUUUGCCAAGCACAAUGUCGAGAAGCCCGUGCCCGUCGAAGCCCUGGUGAAGUGCAAGAUGCAGGACAACCUCGAGUUUCUGCAAUGGACCAAAAAGUACUGGGACCAGUAUUACCCUGGUGGUGAUUACGAUGCUGUUGCGCGACGAAAAGGCAACCCCGUGCCUUCUGGUAGCGGUGGCGGUCCUCGAGUCACUACAUCUAGUGCUGCUGCGCGCAGAGGAGGCACAACGCCCAGUGGUGGACCCCGCCUGGCGCCGAAGGCAGGCGGUGCUGCCUCCGCGGCACUUAUACAGGAGAACAACACUCUCAAGGAGACCGUGGUGGGACUCGAGCGAGAGCGCGAUUUCUACUUCAGCAAGCUGCGCGACAUAGAGCUGUUGAUCCAGCAGGCUUGCGAAGAGGACCCCGAGAUCGAGAAGCAGGAGGAUGGGCUGAUCAAGCAGAUCCAGGCGAUACUCUACUCUACUGAGGAAGGCUUCGAGAUUCCUGCUGAGGGUGAGGGUUUGGAUGACCAGGAGACGUUCUGA